AUGGGCAAUGACACCCCUACAAAUGGUGCCGAAGCAGGCAACACCCCUUCCGCAGAUCCGCCACUUCGACCUGGAGGUGCCCCGGCUCGUGUAUACAUGAAUGAAAGAAUCGUGCCUUACCUCCUAGAGGGCAUGAAGAGCGUAACUAAGGAGCAACCCGCGAAUCCUCUCCGCGUCCUGGGCGAAUUCCUAAUCCAAAAAAGCAAUGAAAUCGAAGGCGGUGCACCUGGCUCGAAGAAGUCGCCCGAAUAA